AUGAAUCCAGGGGCUCCCAUUGCUUGCAGGACGCGUUACAAGAGGAGAAAGUUAUUUCAGGAUGCGUUAAUAAUGAGUCGGAGGAAGAAGAAGGCACGGGAAGAUGCACGUGUGAAAAUUAAACCUGUAUCAGUCCCUUCGUCAUCAUCUUCUGCAGCUGUUUCAACUAACAGUGAAAGAGUAUCUGAAAGUGAUUCUCAGCGUUUGGGAGAGCAUGAGAAUGACCCAAUUGAAAUCAGUGAUGGUGACGACGGUAGUGAGGCUGAUGAGAGGUUGAGGGAUUCUGAAAGCAAUAUAUUUUGUGACGAAGUAGAAAAGAAGAGUGACGAGGAUGAAGGGUGUAUUGCGUGGGAUGAUAAAGUUGUGAACUUUGGCGAUGAUAACUGUGGUGUAUCUGACAACCCCGUUGUAUCGCCAGUUGAUAAUGAUGAUGAAGAUGAUCAUGAAUCUUCAACUGAUAAUGAGGAUCAUGAGACGAGCGAUGAAGAUUUUCAGGUUGUGGGUCAUGAUGGGUUUAAGACUGAAGGCUCGAUCUGGGACGAGAGUGAUGACGAUGAUGAUCGUGGUGGUGAUGAUGUGAAGAGAGGUUACAGGAAGAUAGUGAAGGAUAGGGUGAAAAAGAUGGAGAGUGAUGCCGAAAGCAGUGAGAUUCUUAAAAGGAAAGAUAAUGAACAUGUAGAUGAGGAGGAGCCAUGGAUUAUGGCUGACUGUACUAGUGCGAUCUCUAGUAAAUCUGAGAUUUAUAAGAAAGAGGGACAACAUGCAGAACAUAAACAUGAAGCAAAGAGAAUGCAAAGUGUCAUUGCUGAUUCUGAAUUAUUUGGUGUCCACGGGGAGAAUUCAGGUUGUUUUAUAUCUUCUGAAGCAGGGGAGCAUAUGAAGAAAAAUGUUAAAGAUGAUCAAAGUGUGACAUUGCAGAAACAGACAGGAGAUUCAACUGUGGUGGAAAAUAGUGCGAGAAAUAAAAAUAUCGAUUUUGACUCAGUGGAUAUUGAUGAUAUUAAAAGAAAAAAGAAUCAACAAAACAAAGGAACAGGUCUGAGAAGUGUUUCUUUUCGUCCCAAAAACCAAGAGAAGAUAGGAGAUUCCGCUAAAAUUGUAAAAGAAAAGGACAAGGAAGGGGAACCUAAAUAUUGGUUUAAUAGUAAAAACCAGAAGAAGGUCGGGGCAGUGGAUGAUGAAACUGGUGACGAAGAGUUGUAUGAAGUACCAAGGAUGCCAUCCACAUUGAAAAACAAAUGUUAUAAAUUUUUUACUGAAUGUUUUAAGGAUGAUUCAGAUAAGUUGGAUGAAAAGGAUGAUGUUGUUGUUGAGGGUCAGACUCAGGCAGAAAAACCUGUUGAAAAAUCAGAGGAAGAGGAGUUAGAUAUGUUGUGGGCUGAAAUGGAUAUGUUGCUUCGAGCGGAAGAAAUUGGAACCCAGGUUAAUAAUAUGUCAAAGGAAGCAACAGAAAACGAAGAAGAUCCAACCUUAAAGUGCAAGCAUAAGACUACUUUUGAUGAGCAGAUUGGGAUAUAUUGUAUAUGGUGUGGUUGGAUCGAAACCGAAAUCAAAUAUAUCACGCCACCAUUUGUGGAUUCUGAAAGAUAUGGUGGUGGAAUGGUGUCAUCCAGUGAAGGGAAAACCUCACUAUUGGACGAGGCUCUGUUUGAUGAGUCUGGUGAUGACUCGGAGGCAAUUUGGUCUCAGAAUGAAGGCACUGUUUGGGACCUUAUUCCUAACAUUAAAAAGAGUUUGUAUCCUCAUCAGCAAGAAGGGUUUGAGUUUAUUUGGAAAAACUUGGAACGAACUAUUGACCUUGUCGAAUUGAAAUCGAAGAAGGUUAACCCUUGGAAUGAAGGAGGCUGCAUUAUUUCUCAUGCUCCUGGAACAGGAAAGACUAAGUUGACCAUGGUUUUUCUUCAGUCCUAUAUGGAACUGUUUCCAAAGUGUCGGCCUAUUAUCAUUGCUCCUUCGAGCAUAUUGCUUACCUGGGAAGACGAGCUAAGAAAGUGGAAACUAGGAAUUCCAUUCCAUAACUUGAACAGUGGUGAAUUAUCAGGGAAAGAAGAAUUCAUCAAUGAAGUUGAUUGGUCUGGAAACCAGAGGCAGAAUAAGGAUGCCAUUCGGAUGGUGAAAUUGUGUUCAUGGUACAAAGAGAAGAGCAUUCUACUAAUCAGCUACAAUUUGUAUGAGAAGCUAGCAGGGGCCACAUCUGGGGGAAAAGAUAAGAAUAAUAAAAAGCUCGGGAAAAAGAAAGGUCCAAAGACAAGGGAGUACAUUGAAAGUGGAAUGGGAAAGGUUCUGCGUGACUAUCCCCGUUUGCUAGUACUUGACGAAGGGCACACUCCUCGGAACCAGAAUAGUUAUAUUUGGAAUGUUCUUUCUGAAAGUAGAACUAAGAAGCGAAUUCUUCUCUCAGGGACUCCUUUCCAGAACAACCUUUUGGAACUUUACAAUAUUUUGUGCUUAAUGAAACCAUCCUUUCCUGAGAGCAUCCCACAAGAACUCAAGAAGUUUUGCCAAAGUAGACUAAUGCAAGGAAGGAAAGCUUCCAAAGAAAUGAGUUGGGAAUCUGUUUCUUCUGGAAAUCCAGCUGAUGUAAAAAUAAAGCAGCUAAAAUUGCUGAUGAACCCCUUUGUUCAUGUUCACAAAGGUAGCAUUCUUGAGAAGAACCUUCCCGGGUUGAGAGAAUGUGUGCUGGUUCUGAAGCCAGAAAUUUUGCAGCAAGAAACUCUAGAGAGCAUUGAAUGCACUCAAAACGUACUAAACUUUGAACACAAGUUAGCCUUGGUCUCAGUCCAUCCAUCACUUUUCCUCAGCUGCUCCUUGUCAAGAAAAGAAGAAUCUAUUAUUGACAAGGAUAGGUUGGAAAAAAUUCGACUGAACCCUUAUGCGGGGGUGAAAACCAAGUUUCUGAUCGAGUUUAUAAGACUAUGUGAUGCAGUAAAUGAGAAAGUCCUUGUUUUCAGCCAAUUCAUUGAUACUUUAAACUUAAUCAAGGAGCAGCUAGCGUCAGCCUUGAAUUGGAGUGUGGGGAUGGAAGUGUUAUAUAUGUAUGGGAAGCUUGAGCAAAAGCAGAAACAGUCCCUGAUUUAUAGUUUCAAUGAUGCAAAUAGCCGAGCAAAGGUGUUACUUGCUUCUAUAAAAGCAUCUUCUGAAGGCAUUAACUUAAUCGGAGCUUCAAGGGUGGUGCUUCUUGAUGUUGUUUGGAAUCCCUCAGUGGAAAGGCAGGCUAUUUGUAGAGCAUAUAGACUUGGACAAAAGAAAGUUGUUUAUACUUAUCAUCUUCUUGCCCAGGGCACCCCUGAAUGCACCAAAUACUGCAAACAAGCAGAAAAGAACCGUUUAUCUGAACUGGUUUUCUCAAAUAAAAAUUCUGAAAGCGAUAAGCUCAAGAGGAGUGGAGUAAUGCUUGAGGAUAGAGUUCUUGACGUCAUGGUUGAGCAUGAAAAACUCAAGGAUAUCAUUGGUGACUGUCUAAUUCAACCUAGGAAGACAGAUUUGGAGAUUUUGGGCCCUUAA